UCGAGGGAAACAAGAGGGAACAAGAUGGUGCUACGACUGCUGAUGCGUUAUCUGGCCAACAAUGAGCAGCUCAUCCAACGCAUGGCCGAUAGUUAUCCCAUGCGACGUGCCGCCCAACUGGUUGUCUCUUUGAUGUACCGCACCAAGAGCUUGGCCAGGGAACAGGGAUUACAUGAGAUGACUCCGGAACGCUUUAAGUCUUUCGUCAAUAUGUUCAAGAACAAUGUGCGGCAAGAGCUGGAGGGCAUCAAAAAGGAGCUUAAGAACAAGAAAAACAACUAAAUUAUUGUUAACAUAAUGGCUUAAACUUUAGGAACAUAAAAAAAAAUUUCAAGAGUAA